UUUAUUAGAAAUAAAGUGGGUAAUUUUCAUGAACAUCACACGUGCAUCGAAUAGAUUUUUUUAGUUUUAACCCGGUGUCAUUAAACGUUUGGGAUUAAAAUUAGCCUUAGUAAAUAAACUUUUACGAUAAAAAUCUAGUUGCCAAGAAAUACUAGCUCGGUUUUGAUCAGUGCAUGAUAAGAUUUAUAAGAUACUUGUAGUGUUGUGCUUGGUUUAGGAAAGCAUGAAGGUGCAUUGGGCAGAAGAUUUAGCUGAUGUGGUCUCCUCCACUGGGAGUAUGAUCGUCAUCUCCAACAGGUUGCCAUUUGUACUGCAAAGGAACAAGGAUGGACAAUUGGUGAGAAAAGCCAGUGCUGGUGGUUUGGUGACGGCCGUAGCACCAGUGGUGAUUAACGGAAAUGGGUUCUGGGUCGGGUGGCCUGGCAUCCAUUUGGAAAACCCAAAAGAGCCUAUUCCAGAGAGUGAUCCGGAAGAUAUUACACCGACUGCCGGACUUAAAUCUGACAAGGUAAUAGCAGUUCAAAUGGACCCAGUUGUCUUUGACUCCUACUAUAAUGGAUGUUGCAAUGCUACUUUUUGGCCGCUGUUCCACUCUAUGCCGGAUAGGGCCAGUUUCAAAGGUGAACAUUGGAAAAACUACGUUAUCGCCAACAAAGAAUUCGCUGAGUGUACCCUAAAAGCUCUCAGACAGCUACCGAAGAACCAAGCCGAAGUACCUUUAAUAUGGGUGCACGAUUAUCAUUUGAUGUUAGCUGCUAAUUGGAUUAGGCAGUAUGCAGAAGAAGAAGGAAUCGCGUGCAAAUUAGGUUUUUUCUUGCACAUUCCCUUCCCACCAUGGGACAUAUUCCGUCUGUUUCCAUGGUCAGAUGAAAUCCUGCAGGGUAUGCUUGCGUGCGACAUGGUUGGAUUCCAUAUUACGGACUACUGUCUAAACUUCGUGGACUGUUGCCAAAGAAACUUAGGUUGUCGUGUCGAUAGGAAAAAUCUUUUAGUCGAACAUGGUGGAAGAACUGUCAGGGUGAGACCGCUACCAAUAGGAAUACCUUUCGAGCGAUUCGUCGAACUAGCAGAAAAGGCACCAAAGGUGAUUUCCACAAACCAAAAAAUCAUUUUGGGUGUUGACCGACUAGAUUAUACCAAAGGAUUGGUGCACAGGUUAUUGGCUUUUGAAAAAUUAUUGGAAAAGCAUCCUGAGCACUUGGAAAAGGUGUCUUUAUUGCAAAUUUCUGUUCCCUCAAGAACGGAUGUUAAGGAGUAUCAGGAUUUGAAAGAAGAAAUGGAUCAGUUGGUAGGAAGAAUCAACGGAAGGUUUACCACACCAAACUGGUCACCCAUUAGAUAUAUUUAUGGAAGUUUAUCGCAAGAUGAAUUGGCUUCAUUCUACAGGGACUCUGCCGUAGGAUUAGUUACUCCUUUAAGAGACGGUAUGAAUUUGGUGGCAAAGGAAUUUGUUGCCUGUCAAAUAAAUGUUCCUCCAGGUGUACUUAUUGUUUCACCAUUUGCCGGUGCUGGUGAAACUAUGCAUGAAGCUCUUAUAUGUAAUCCUUAUGAGAUUGAUGAUGCUUCUGAAAUGAUCCACAGAGCUUUAACAAUGCCAGAAGAUGAAAGAAUCCUUCGCAUGAACUACCUCAGAAGACGAGAAAAACUAAACGACGUCAAUUAUUGGACCAAAAGCUUUUUAAGUGCUAUGGGUUCUCUUCAAACCCAAGAUGAUCAUGAUGAAGUUGGCUCUAUUUUAAUGCCUGCUGUUACUUUGGAUGAUUUUGAUGAAUAUCUUGCGAAAUAUAUUGGAGAUUCCUUAAAACUUGCUUUACUUUUGGAUUAUGAUGGUACAUUGGCUCCAAUAGCCCCUCAUCCAGAUUUGGCUAUCAUUCCUGCUGAAACUAAAAAGGUAUUGGAAAGACUGUCUAAUCUUUCCGACGUGUAUAUUGCAAUUGUUAGUGGAAGAAAUGUUGAUAAUGUUAAACAAAUGGUUGGCAUUGAAGGUAUUACAUAUGCAGGUAACCAUGGCUUAGAAAUUUUACAUCCAGAUGGUACUAAAUUCGUUCAUCCAAUGCCAACGGAGUUUCAUCAUAAAGUUGGCGAGUUAAUGAAGCAAUUGCAGGAGACUGUGUGUCGUGACGGAGCUUGGGUGGAAAAUAAGGGAGCUCUACUCACUUUUCACUUCAGAGAAACACCUCAUCAUUUAAGGGCCGAUUUGGAGUCUCAAGCAAAAAAAAUGAUAGAAGAUGCCGGGUUUACCGUGGGAAAAGCCCAUUGCGCCAUCGAGGCGAAACCUCCUGUUCAGUGGAAUAAGGGUAGAGCAUCUAUUUAUAUUUUAAGAACUGCAUUUGGAGUGGAUUGGAGUGAAAGAAUACGAAUUAUUUAUGUGGGUGAUGAUGCCACCGAUGAAGAUGCUAUGUUGGCAUUAAAAGGUAUGGCAGCAACAUUUAGAGUAACUUCGUCCCACAUAAUUAAAACAUCGGCUGAAAGGCGUUUGCCGUCUACUGAUUCCGUACUUACUAUGUUAAAAUGGGUAGAGCGACAUUUAAGUAAAAGAAAGCCCUCCAUAGAUUCCAGUAAUUAUAGGAGAAAUUCAUUAGCCAAGGCUGUCACGUCUGCGGUCCAAAUUGAAAUGUCAAUGCAGGUUCCCACUACGAGCGCCAACUCUACUCCACCCUCGCCUAAAGAAAGUUCUAACUCUCUAAAAUGCUUAGUCCCAAACCAAUCGAAUAACUCUCAUUAGUUUUUAGUUUUGUGAUUUACUUUGAAUAUGUCUGCGUACCCCGUAACUGUACAUAUUAUAUUAUUUAUAAUAAUAAUAAUAAUAAUGACGCUUUUGUAAUGUCAAAAGUGUUGUGGUAGUCAAGCACAAAAGAUCAAAAUUUGCACCAAAUAAAAUCUUUUAUCGCCCGUAUUUAUUUUUCCAUAAGUGUCGUGACUCCGUAAUAUAUAGACUGAUAAUUGUGUUUCAAAUAUUUCGGUUGGACUCAGUAAAAUUGCUAUAUUACAAUUUUUUAAAUACCAACCGAUUUUGUAAUACGUAUAUUUAUUUUUGUAGAAUAGUUUUUAAUAUGAACUAUAUUGACUAGAUUUUAUAUACUACAAACACCCAUUAAAAUUGUAUAACUCUGUAUAACUUAAAUAUCAUUCAUUUUUCGUUUGUAAGGAAGUAAAAUAAAUUAUAUCUUGUUGUA